UUCCUCGUCGUCCUCCCUUGAUUUCACUUACUGCCGCCUUCUCGCCUGCAGUUAUCGCGCCAUCGGGAGUCCCAAGCUCGUAGACGAAGAAAGUAGAGAAAAACCUUAAUUUCCCCUCUCUCAAGCAACGCUAAAGCCAUGAUCACAGGCGGUCAGAGCUUCGUCUCCUCCCCUCCGGCCUUCUCGCACGAUGGGAAGAAGCUGUUGGUCUGUACGGGCCGCACCGUCUCGGUCAUCAGCACCUCCACAGGCAUGCUGAUAACUGAACUGGAGGGCCACGCGGACCGGGUCACGUCCAUCGUGGUUGUUCCGGUGGCCGGUGCCGCGAGUAAGUUUGUGAGCUACUGCUGGACCUCGUCGUUGGAUGGAACUAUCUGUUAUUGGGAUUUCUCGGUGCCGGAGUUGGUAAAGAAGGUGAAGGUUGGGCUUCCAAUCUUCUCUAUGGUAAUCCCAAAUAUAUCAAGAAAUCCAGUUGGGAGCAAGGAGAAGACAUCCGCUCUUUAUGCAUUUCUCUCGGUUGAAGAUGUAAACAAACCGGCUGAUCAACACAAAGCUUUGCGUGGACAGAUUCAGACAUACAAUUUAACCAACUCACAUCGUGUUAAAGGAUUGUUAGCCGAGACCCUCAACCCAGUGUGCAUAUCUGUGAGUAAAUCUGGAGAAUACAUAGGUAUUCCUAACAACCGAAAACUUCAUAUAUGGAAGGUUCCUGGAAAAGAUUGUAAGUGUAAUGAAAUAAAAAAGAUCAAGCUGCAUCACACGAAAAAGUUGAGUUCUCUUGCCUUUCAUCCAAAUGAGAGAAUGGUGGCUGGAGGUGAUGUAACAGGGAGAAUUUUGAUAUGGAGAGGUUUUGGAAAGAGAAAAUUCUCAGAAAAUUUACAAGCAACUAGUAAAGGAAGGACUGCUUAUGAGGAAGAAAGACCUGGGGUGAGGGGUGAUGAUGAUGCAGACUCUUGCGCAACAUGGCAUUGGCAUCCAAGUGAAAUUAAAUUUCUCUUUUUCUCCUCUGAUGGAGCUUAUUUAUACUCAGGUGCGAAUGAAGGAGUUGUUGUGAUUUGGCAACUUGACACAGGAAAGAGGAAGUAUAAGCCCCGUCUAGGAUCCCCACUGUUAUACUUUACAGAUUCUCCCGAUCCUUCUCUUUCUUGUAUAUCUUGUGCAGAUAAUCAAAUACAUCUAUUAAAAAUGCCAACAAUGGAGAUUAAAAAGUCUAUUGCAGGAAUUAAGCUACCUUUCUCAUUUCCAGAUGAAUAUAAAGGCUUAUGCAGUGAGUUUGCCUAUGAUCAUGCUGCUGGGCUAGUUGCCCUACCAACGCAAGAUUAUUGUGUGCAGUUCUUCAGCGUACAUGACAACCUUGAGGUUUCCCAGGUGCAAGUAUGUGAAAAAAAUUUUCAUCCUGUUGAUGAUGUCACAAUAUAUGUGGCUUUGAUAUCUCUUUCCACUGAUGGCUUUGCGAUGGGCACGGUUGAUGUUAAGCUUCCUGAAGAAAGAUUAGGAGGUCUUGUAAGUCUAAAAUUUUGGAAGCAUGAGUCUUGGAUCGGAGAAUACUCUCUAUCAACUGUAAUAUAUGAGCCUCACAGUGAUGCUGGAAUUUCUGCUCUUGCAUUUCGUCCUGGCCAUGACAUGGCCGUGAGCUCUUCUUUUGGUGGUGACUUUAAGGUCUGGAUUCGUAGUUCUUAUGCUGAAGAUACAGAUCAAAUGCUUCAGAAAUCUGGUUGGAGAUGCCAAUCUGUUGGUUCAUACAAGAAGAAACCUAUGACCGCUGCUGCCUUUUCCGCUGAUGGAUCUGUUCUAGCUGUUGCAGCAGAGACUGUUGUUACACUGUGGGACCCUGAUGCAAAUACUCUUGUGGCCAUAAUUGGAGAUACACUCUCGCCAAUAACAAAACUUUCAUUCAUUGGGGAGUCAGGAUAUCUAGCAUCAUUGUCGAAGGGUUCAAAACCACAGCUCUCUGUUUGGAGCACAUCAAAUCUGUCAAUGUAUUGGUCAUACAAGCUUUUUGCACAAGAUGUAACCUGUAUGGCAGAUGGAUCUCAAUUUGCUGUCCUAGCUUAUCGUAAUUCACCAGAUGAUGCUACUACAAAAGAUGGAGAUGGAGUAAUAUUAUUAUUUGAUGUAGAAAAUCCAGUUCCUUUGGCCACAUGGUCGGUGCAGAAGGUGCGCUUACCAGCUAGUGCAAAGAGAGGUGGCCUCACUUUUCUACCUCCCAACCCAUCUUUCCAUGAUACCAAAUCUAUAGAGGGAAAAGACACUUCAUUGCUGCUAUACAUAAAUGGCGAUCAUGAAUACGUCAUCUUUGAUCCACAUAGCAAUGAAGAAAAUCAGAUGAGGAGGAAUGCUCAGAAAAGUCAAGCACCACCUGAGGAAGCAGUGCGGUUUGGAUAUGCAUCAAUCUAUGGGGAGCUUCCUGACUUCAGUCUGAAGAAAGAACAGACUCCAGAAAUCCCGUUUGUCCCAUCUGAAAGACCUUGGGAGACCAUAUUCAGUGGGUCAUCUCAUGUUCUUCCACCCCUCACCAAACUUUGUUCAGCAUUUUUGACAUCCUUGCUGGAGAAGAAACCAAGCAGCAAUGAGUGACGUUCUAACAUCUCCUGGUGUUCAAAUUUGCCUUGUGAGAAACCUGCAGAGCUCAUUGGCCAACCUUGCUGUGUAACAUUAGGAAAGCUGGUGGGUGGGAUUGACAACUUCGAUGCAUGUGAAGGUAAUGCACUGCAUAUCAAAUGGGUCAAAAUCAUUUGUAUUUUAAGAUGGCCACCCCUGUUAAGUGUGUUGUGGGAGCCUGAUGGUUGGCUUUGUAUCAUGUGAUGAAGGUAAUGUUGGUUGGAGUAUGGUAUUUUUUGGGAGAUUCAGUUUGCUGCAAAGGUGAGAAACCCUGGGUGGGUGGUUAAAGGCUCAUGUGGGUCAUGAAAAUUUUGUAAUUUAGAUGACAUUUUUUUGACUAAAGCAAUUAUUUAACCAUGUGAAAGUUCUAUUUUUCUUUUCA